UAAAAGCCUCAGCUUUGUGAUCCAAUAAUAGCAGUCUAGUUUGAUAUUCUAAGUGAAUCAUACGGGUUCCGGUUGCUUUGCCCGAGAAAGAAAUUAUAAUCCGCUUGCUAUGAAGACAUUCGGUGUAAUCUUAGUGACCGCCUUCUCGAUCGCCGUCUCAAUGGCGGCAGUAGCUGUGCAACCUAAUGCAACUCAUCCGGAUCAUCCAGGAAAGUGUUAUCACGAAACAUCAAAAACAGCGUUGAGUCCAGGUGAAACGAAAUCUUUGCCAGGAACAUGUUUAGAAGGCAGCUGUUCUGAAUCAUACACGCUGACUCUAACUGGUUGUGGAGUUUAUAUACUAGAUGACUCCAAUUGCGAAGAUAUUGGACAGGACUUAAGCAAGGAUUAUCCAGAAUGCUGCAAGAAAUAUAAAUGUGUAAUUGAUGGAAAGGUUACGUAUGCUUGAUUUUUUGUAUUUCGAAUUCCGAGCGUAAUAAAGAAUCAACAGAUUUUGGAUAAUGUC